AAGAACACUCCAAAGGCAAAAGCAAAGCACCUUAAAAAGCACAAAGUUUCAUUAACUUCACCGAUUACACUUCCUAUAUAAAUCGCCCAUUCUCUGAAUUCUGUCCCUUCCACCCCACCAAUCCUUUCUUCUCCCUCUGCAAAAAAAUGGGGCUCUGCUGCUCAAAAGUUCGUGAAAUCCCAAUACUAUCAAGCUCUUCUGCGUAUCGUCCAGUCCCCAUUCUAGAACAACGAACUGAACCGCCGCCGCCGCCGCAAAAACCAAUGCCGUCAGCUUCCCCGGUGGGACCCAUUCUUGGAAAGCCAUAUGUGGACAUUAGAACAGUGUACGAUCUUGAUCGAGAGCUGGGGAGAGGGCAGUUCGGGAUCACAUAUCUGUGCACGGAGAAGGCGACAGGGUUUAAAUACGCAUGCAAAUCCAUUUCAACGGCGAAGCUUGUGACUCCCAAGGACAUUGAGGACGUGAGGAGGGAGGUUUUGAUGCUCCAGCAUUUGACUGGGCAGCCCAACAUCGUGGAGUUCAAGGGCGCCUAUGAGGACGGGGAGAAUCUGUAUGUGGUGAUGGAGCUUUGCUCCGGCGGGGAGCUUUUUGACCGGAUCACGGCCAAGGGGAAUUACUCCGAGAAAGAGGCGGCGAGGAUUGGGAGACAGAUUGUGAAUGUGGUUCAUGUUUGCCACUUCAUGGGAGUGAUGCAUAGGGACCUUAAACCUGAGAAUUUCUUGCUUGUCAGUAAAGAUGAUGAUUCUCCCCUAAAGGCCACAGAUUUUGGACUCUCUGUCUUCAUUGAAGAAGGUGAAAUAUACAAGGAUAUUGUUGGAAGCGCUUACUAUGUUGCACCUGAGGUGUUGCGUCGUAGGUAUGGCAAGGAGAUAGAUGUCUGGAGUGCUGGAGUCAUUUUAUAUAUCCUUUUGAGUGGAUUUCCUCCAUUCUGGGCUGAAACUGAGAAGGCAAUAUUUGAAGAAAUUUUGAAGGCCCAACUUGAUCUUGAAAGCUCUCCGUGGCCAUCCAUAUCUCCCAGUGCAAAGGAUCUUAUCAGAAAAAUGUUGACAGUGGAUCCCAAAAACCGGAUAACUGCAGCUGAAGCCCUUGAACAUCCAUGGCUCAAGGAAGACGGUGUUGCAUCAGACAAACCUAUUCAUAGUGCUGUUUUGAUCAGAAUGAGGCAAUUUAGAGCAAUGAACAAGAUGAAGCAGCUUGCUCUAAAGGUCAUUGCAGAAACCAUGCCAGAAGAAGAAAUCAAGGGGCUGAAAGAGAUGUUCAACAACAUCGACACUGAUAGGAGUGGCAGCAUCACGUACGAAGAACUAAAAACCGGGUUAGCUAAGCUGGGAUCCAAGCUCCCAGAGUCGGAAAUAAAACAGCUUAUGGAUGCCGCCGAUGUUGACAAGAGCGGGACUAUAGACUACAUUGAAUUCAUUACUGUCACCAUGCAUCGGCAUAGGCUUGAGAGUGACGAGAACUUGCACAGGGCUUUUAAUUAUUUCGAUAAGGAUGGCAGCGGACACAUUACCAGAGACGAGCUUAGGCAUGCUAUGACAGGAUAUGGCAUGGGCGAUGAAGCUACAAUUGAUGAGAUCCUUAACGAUGUGGAUACAGAUAACGAUGGGAAGAUCAACUUUGAGGAGUUUGUACAGAUGAUGAGAAGGGGGACUGUGGACGACGGGCAUCAUGCAUAGAGUAACUUUCGUACUGUUUUACAAGUUGAGUUAUAUAUAGUCUCACAUUCUGGCUUUCAUGUGAGCUUAUUAUUUUUAAAAGAGAAUUGUAUAUUGGGUUUAUAUGAAGUAUGAACACAUUCUGCAACAAAAACU